AUGGUGGAUUCUGUACCAGAAGCCCUCAACAGCAUUUCUGGGUCUGAGUCUCCUUCUUCCCCUGUGUCAAGUUAUAAUAACUCGGUCUUCACUUUGGAAGAUUUCAAUGAGAAGGUACCAGAAUUGCCCCCACUAUUGCAGCAAUCACUACUGGAUCAGCCAUCAUCUUCCAGAGAUGAGUCUCUGGAGAAGCCUCUGACGGCAGUUUUGAAUCAUCUAUACAUUCAAAAAGGGUGUACUGGCCAAUCUGUGGCGACACUUAGUUCCACUCAUCGCUUCCGCACAAAAUAUGUGACUGUAGUACUGUACAAACCAUUGAAGAAGGAAUUCAAAAACAUGCAAUUCUUGAUGUUGGAAGAUCUUGAUCAUGGAUUCCCUUCUCCAUCUCAAACUGCAGUUGCUUGUUGGCCGCACUUGGUUCCUUUCACAGAGGAUAAGGAUCUGAAGGCAACCAAUGGUGCCCUCACUCUGUUGCCAGGAUUGCUAAAUCCUCAAACCUCAGAAAUCAUUACUUGUUACAUACGAAGUUGCAAAUGGUUUGAACAGAAUUACAGCUGA